UAUUUAGUAGUGGUCUCUUCACUCACCACAGAAAAGAAACAAAGUAUUUUAAGAAGAAGAAAAAAAGAUGGCUGGCUUUCCCAAAGUGCUUGCAAUUGUUUUCCUUAUGCUGAUGCUGGUUUUUGCUAAUGAGAUGGGACCAAUGGUGGCUGAGGCGAGGACCUGCGAGUCGCAGAGUCACCGAUUCAAGGGGCUGUGCAUUAGUAAGAGCAACUGUGCGUCAGUUUGCCAUACUGAGGGCUUUAACGGUGGCCAUUGCCGUGGAUUCCGUCGCCGUUGCUUCUGCACCAGACAUUGUUAAUUUACUCUUAUUUGUAUGCUGUGUAAUAUGAACGUGUUCUCGUUUCUUCUUGUGCUUGUCAUGAAUAAGAAUGACCAUCUGAAGUCAGAAACAGAUCAGGAUGGUUAAUUCCCUUCCGUUUCCUGGGAGCUAAUGGUUGCUAUUACUGUUUCGGGCAACUUUUAAUUGCGAAUAUUAGUACUACUAGUACACUAUUGUAUCUUAUCUUUUCCUUCUUUUCUCUGCUUUAGUUUGGCAGCGCCUUUGGCUUAUGGAAUAUACGCGGGGGGUAUUAUCUGUGUUCAAAA